UCCAGAGUGGGAUGUGAGUGCAGGGAGGCGGUAGCAACUGGCCACUUGGACUCCUCCACCACCUCACACAGACUCAACACCUCUCACGUUCACCUCUCGCGCACCGGACCCCCUUUUUUCCAGCAACCACCGUGGACUGGUGAUGGAUUCUAGGCUGCUGAUUGGACCGGGGAUCCCUACAUCGGACCCGACCACCCGGGCACCCUGGAACAUCAGCUCCAUCAGUCCGCAGCGGCUCGUGGAGCUGUCCCCAGUCGCCACAACUGGCUCCAUAGUUCCAAGCCACGUGUUUCCGACGGUCGACGUCCCAAACCAUGCUCACUACACCAUUGGUGUUGUCAUCAUGGCUGUGGGCAUCACAGGCAUGCUGGGAAACUUCCUGGUCAUAUAUGCUUUCUGCAGGAGCCGGAGCUUGCGGACACCGUCCAACAUCUUUAUCAUUAACCUGGCAGUCACAGACUUCCUCAUGUGUUUCACCCAGACGCCCAUCUUCUUCCUCACCAGCAUGCACAAGCGAUGGAUCUUCGGGAAGAAAGGUUGUGAGUUGUAUGCCUUCUGCGGAGCGCUGUUUGGUAUCUGUAGUAUGAUGACUCUGAUGGUGAUUGCGCUGGACCGGUAUGUGGUGAUCACCAGGCCUCUGGCCUCUCUGGGGGUGAUGUCUCGCAGGAAAGCCCUUAGCAUCUUGGCUGUUGCCUGGGUCUACUCCAUGGGCUGGAGCCUCCCCCCCUUCUUUGGCUGGAGUGCCUAUGUCCCGGAGGGUCUGAUGACGUCCUGCUCCUGGGACUACAUGACGUUCACCCCUUCUGUCCGCUCCUACACGAUGCUGCUCUUCACCUUCGUCUUCUUCAUCCCUCUCUCCAUCAUCAUCUUCUGCUACUGCUGCAUCUUCAGGGCCAUCCGACACACAACACGAGCGAUAGAAAAGAUCAACUGUGUGGGAAACAGAGACUCAGCGAAGAGGUUCAACAAGAUGAAGACUGAAUGGAAGAUGGCGAAGAUUGCGCUCAUCGUCAUCCUGCUGUUUGUCAUCUCCUGGGCCCCUUACUCCUGUGUGGCCCUCACUGCAUUCGCUGGGUACGCUGACAUGUUGACUCCCUACAUGAACUCUGUUCCUGCUGUGAUCGCCAAAGCAUCUGCCAUCCACAACCCCAUUAUAUACGCUAUUACACAUCCAAAAUACAGGUCAGCUCUCAGCAGGUACAUCCCCUACCUGGGGGCGUUGCUUUGCCUUCCUGGCAGGGACCGUCUAAGCAGCAGCUUCCAGUCCACCCGCCGCUCAACCCUGACCAGCCAAUCAGAGGGCAAAGCUCCCAGCAAGGCCCGCCACUCCUCCCAGUCCGAGAGCGAAUCAGCCCAUUUCUCAGACACAGAGGAAGACUGCUCCUCUCGGACGACGGUCACUCGUCAGUUGUCCGCUGAUGUCAAACAGGUGCGCCAUGCGAGCCAGAGGUUGAAGGUGAGAGGUCACAGCGCAGGAGAGUUUGAGAGAACGGCCGCCCACAACCCCACCGACCCAGCCAUAUGUCACCUCUCACAGAUCACUACUCUGACAGAGCCUGAGGACAUCUCCAUGUCGGACAUCAGUCUGCAGCCAACCAGUCAUCUGCCUGCUACUCUGGAUAACGUGAUGGCGGCGUCGGGGCCAAGGAAUCCCUGUAAAACAACAUCAUCGGUCAUCGUCACCUCUAUAUCCAGCCCGUCUAUAUUGCACAGUCCCCCAGGUUUUCAUGGCAACCACAAACUGAACAAAACGUACAGCCCGGCCGUCAAUGAGACCCUUGACGUAGCUCGACUGGAGACGACAGUAUUGCAAUGAACAGUUGGACAAAAGUGCAAUGGGAGUGUGUAAUUGAAUGUGUGAGUGUUUGUGAAACAGUAUUUCCCCAUCAUGGGACCUUUUCUGCUGUUUUUGCUAGUUAUGGCAUAAAACCAGAGCAUGUUCUCUUAAAUUUUUUUUGCAAUGUGAGCAUGAACGCCCUGUUAAUGUAAAUAUGUGGGUCCGUAUUUGCAUAGAUUUAUGUGUUUUGGUUUUUUCCGACAUAUCAUGAUGGUUGAAGAUGGUUUAUUUCUGAGCUGGAGGCAACAAGUUAGCCUUAAUGAACACUAUGGGAAAGUUUCAUCUCUAGGGAUGGGUUUUAUUUAGAUUUUUCUUUUUAUGGAUGAGUUGAAGAAACCAAAUUAUAUUUAACAAGGACAAGACACUGUCCAACAUUUUCUCUUGAAAGUAAAAUAUAAGUCUUCGUUAUCUUCCCAUAGAUUAACAGAAUGUUUUUUGAGGACAACUGGACACAUCAGAAAUUCUGAAAUCCUUUUACCCAGCGCUUUUGGGCCAUUUUUUAAAAACAUAUUUGAAUAUGCAACUAACAAUGCAGACAGAUACUUUUCUUUAAGGAACUGAAUAUUUGUGGAAUAGCCCAGUGAAAAUAAUUGUGGACAAAUUAACAGUUGAUAGAUCGUGUUAUUCAGGCAUCCCACUCAUGUAGAUUGUCUUUCUUAUGUAUAUAUUUGUUGAAAAAUUCUUCUCGGAAAUCUGCGGAAAAGCUCAGAUUGAUGGAUGUUUCUUUCAGGGGGUGAUACACUUGCGUAUAAAUGCAAAAAUUGGAAAAUUCACCUUCCGGAUCAGAAGUCAGACCACAGACGGGAUUAAAUUAAAUCUUGAAUGGACCACAGAGAGUUGAUACAUCUGUCAAGACCCAACAGUCCCCUUAUGACACCACAUUUAAAUUCACUACAUCCAGAUUUGUAUUUGGAUCUGUACUAAAUUUCACACACAUAAAUAUCAGUAAUGUGUCAAGAUCCAUGAACUAUUCUCUUAGGAAUCAACAAAAUGUUGCAACGCGCCCUACCUCGCAAUGAAAAAAGGAAGUUUGAAAAAAUCCUGGAUUUGCCCCUUGGGUCAUGUCACACCCCUUCACAAAAUGUUAUGUGAAUCAGUUGAGUAGUUUUUAUGUGAUCGUGCUAACAAACAAAUGUAUGUGACUCAGUCUCUCUGCCCCCUAGUGGUCAAACAACCCACCUAACACCACUUUAAUGUGAGAUGUGCCACUUCCUGAACCGGUUAAUCCGACCCACAUACACUCAACAGGUCACGGGAGGAUACAUAUCAUUUUCCCUGCGGCUCUUUAGCAGUGAUUUUUCCAGUCCUGCAUGGUGACACAGACUUCCACAGAUCAGGUCACAAAUGUGUCACGACACCACAUUCCAUCAAGCCACUACUGCGUGAGCACGAGUGUGUUAGGGUGAGUGUGUGUGUGUCCGCACCAGAGAACUGGACUCAGUACUGUAACUACACAUUUCUCUUGAUGCCAUAUAACAUCUACCAUUAGAUACAAAGGAGACAGUGUGUGAAAUGACUUCACUGUAUUUUUACGAUGUAUUCAAAAGGUGUGUUUCAGGGCUCUUAUCACAGAUCUCAUCGCUCACAGUUGUACAGAAACACUUCACACAUCGUGUUUGCAAAGCUUUUCUUUUCUCCACUUCUGGGCACUGUACCUCCCUUCGAGGCUCCUUGAAUUGCUGCAUCAUUGACUAUGAUUGUAACAACCGUUCACACGUGGAAACAAAUCUGACACACACGAACAUAUUUGUGUUUGUCAAAUGACAAUUUAAUCAAAGAUAUUACAAAUCUUAGUAAGUGUUUCUACUGUUGCUCAUUUGUCCUCCAGUCUCCAUCAGUGAAUGUAAAAAUGUGGGCAUUAUGAAAAAACAAUUAAUAUAAUAUGUAUAUGUAUACAGUAUAUAUAUGAAAUGUAAAUUCUGCUUUAAUGAAGUGAUGGUUUCAUGAUGAUUUUGUUUUUUCUUUGUACAAAAUGUUUUGUGUUUUUAUUUAUUUUUCUAAAUAAAAAGGUUAAAAUCUGAA